AUGGCUCCAUUGCCCGUUGCGCGCAUUCUGCCACGACAUCAAUUCAAACCCCCUCCGCGUCCACUCCAGACCGCAGUCUCCGUCAAAGGGCUGGCACGAUUGCGAAUACUCGUAUAUAUCCUGCUCGUCACGUCUGCGGUCUUUGGUCUUGCCGUUCUCCUUUGGAAGUUUGGAUAUUUCCUGCGUUAUUUCACGCUAGGACGAAUUCUACGAGACCGCAAGCCGGUCGACACUCGGUAUAUCAAAACGUGGUAUGGCUGGAUUCCGCAAGAUCGUUAUAAUUCUCGAAGACAGGCAUGGAAAAACCUGCGUUCGGCUUUUCGUAGGUGGUUUUCAUGGAGUGACUGUGACGACUAUAGUCAGAUAUGGUGGGAUUCACGCUUUGCUGCAGAGGAAAAACGCCAAAUCAAUGAUACCUCAACGAGAAGAAACACAGAUCCGCUCGGAUGUGAGAAUUCGAUUCCUUGGAAACCAGACAAGUCUGCCAUUGCCCCAGUCCGUGCUGGAAAUGGUGCGCUUACGAAUUGUGGCUUCGUUAAUAUCUCUUAUCAAUUACAACCUCGAGCUUCAACAUACUUAACCUUCCCGUUUUGCGUGAAAUCUGCCAACACAGGAUACCUUUAUCCAGCUUGCUCCACCAAAAAUAACGGGAAAACCUGCCAGAAGAUAUCAAGCGACUUGAACAGGUUAUUGAAAAUGGCUCCUUCGACGUAUCUCCUACCAACUGGCACACUGUCUAUUGCACGCCCUACCACUCACAAUUAUCGUCGAUUAAAAAGCCUUCGAGCAUGGGCUACACGUUUGCAGAUGGGCAGUCUUCAGUCUAUUUUGCCCCACCAGUCAGGCAUUUUGGGUCGGCCGGGAAGUCCUGUGUCCGGUUCAUAUAGUAGCAGUAGCUCAGCACAGAAGGGCAUAUCGCGGGAGUCUUUCGAAAUGACAGCAGCCUCAGAAUCGAUCUUUACCCAGCUUGAUGUCAGUACAAGGGGCCGCAAAGUCCAGUCCAGACCUGCUGAUCUUCAAGCCUUUCAAUUAAGCCUGUCUUGUCUUUAUAACGGUACUGAUUCGAAUUUUGAACCCAAAAUCCAUAAGCAAGUCGAGAUCGCCACAAAGGAGCAGGACCCAGAACAACGUUGCAGUAUUCUGGAUGUUGAGAUAAGAUUUUUGGACAGAGUCGACAGAAGUCUUGCAUGGUUUCUUAACGAAUGCCAGCCUGGCAAUCGAGGCUUUAAAUUUGCAACCCUGCAAAGCAAGCUGAAGUGGCUAAUUUAUACCAACCCUUGUUGUGCAUCGACCGAAGUUAUGCGUCUAUAUGGUGACCGUCGAACUAUGAAGGAACCGUUUGAAGUAGUUGAUUCUCGACGAAGAUGUCCAGCCAAAGCCAAGCAUAGGAGGAAACACAUUGCUUCUAUUGAUUCCUGGAGAGUUGCCAUCAACAAAGCACGCCGGCAGAUAGAAGUUCCAAACGUUCGCUCGCAUGAAUUUUAUGAAAGCUCAGCAGAGGAAGCCCCAGAGUCCGUGUUCAACCCAGCAAAUUGGAUUCUACGGCGACCACCACGGGGAUUCCCUAUGCCAACUAGCCAGAAGAAUGCGUACUACUACGGCGGAAUCGAAAGGUGGGCUAAACUGGAGGACUGGCAGGCGAUCGGGGGAUGUUAUAACAACUCGAAUGAUAUCUCGAAUUGUGUAUCUGUUUUUGCAGCAUCGAAAGCCGGCUAUUCGCAGACUCAGCGAAGCGGCGUUGGGAUUUCUUGCUCGUGA